AUGAGACAACCUGAAGAACUUUCAAAGUAUACACAAAAUCCUCGUUAAAGCAUAGCUUAAAAAACCCAAGAAUUUGUUAAGGACAACUGGGUUGUUGUAGGCUUGAUAGUAGCAAUUAUUUCAGUUGGCUUGUACGCUGUUGUAAACGAUAAAACUUCCAAAUCUGACUUCGUUCCUGCUGCCAUAGAUAAGAGGUAUAUGCUUAAUGAGACUUCUAUUUUCCCUGAUUAUAGAACUAUCGUAACCACUGGCUUAGAAAAGAAUUUUGAAGGCGUAAAUAGAGAUGUUUUCCAACCUAAAAUUCACGAAAUAACUCUUAAUGCAACCAAAUGGAAAGACCUCUUUGAAAAGACUCAAGAAAUGAUUAAAGGAAUGAAGCUUAUCAAAAUUCAAGAAGAAGAUCUUACAUCUAAGCACUCUCACUUCAAUAAAACUGAAGAAAACUAUAAGGAAUGCAGAGAGAUUUUGUUAAGUAAGGAUCUUGAUGUAUCAGAUGACACCAUAAGAAUGUAGGAAGCAAACACCACCAUAGCUCAUGCUGAAGGAAUACUUGAAGGUUAUCGUGAUGAGCUUCAUUAGUUAUAAACCCGUAGAAAAGAAGAACUAAACGAAUUAUCCAUUUCAAUUAAUCACAGACUCUACGAAAAGGAUUAAAUGAAAUAAAAAAUCAGCUAAAGUGCAGAUAAAGAUGAAAUAAUAUAGGAUUUACAAGCAAAAUUAGAACAAAUUCAAUAGAAUAUUAAAACUAAAAAGUUAGAAAUUGUACGUCUCAAAGAAUUACAAAAGGCUGAUUUAGAAAACAGCAAUAGCUUAGAUAAUAGCAUCAACCAUCUUUCUGAAAGUGUUUAAAAGCUAAAAUUCGAAAUUGCCUCUUUGGAAGUUAAUUUGGAAAUUGAUUAAAUAGCUGGUAGAAUUAACAGAUAAGAGCACAUCAACAACACCAAGCAAAUGAUUUAAACAAUUUAAAAGAGAAUUAAGCUUUUUAACAACCAUAAGAUCUCUUCUGAUGACACCAAAGAGUUAGAAAAGCAAUUAGAAUAAGAUAAGCAAAAGUUAAAAGAUCUUAAUGCUUUGUAAAUUAAUUUAAUUAAGAGUUUCUAUCAAAAGACUGUUUCUGCAAGUGGAAAAACUCUUGAAGAGCUUAAACAAGAAGAAAAGAGCCAAAAUGAAAAAUUGUAGACCUUAAAAAAGAAAUACGAAAAUAGAGAUGAAUCUUUCAACAAGUACGAGAAGCAAAUCGAUGCUAUUGAACAAGAAGUUAGAUAAUUACAAGAAGAUGAAACUAAAGCUAAAUAAAAUCUUGAAAAUGCCUUAAUGAACUCAAGUGGUGGUUCAGAUAAAUAAGUAGAUGCUGAAUUAACUAAAAGAAGAAUAAAAGAACUCGAAGAAGACAUCUUGAAGCUCAAGGAAAAUAAAAAUAACUUGGAAGUUGAAUUUUAAGAAAAAAUAGAUAAGACCAUGAAUAAGAUUUCUGAAUAAAAGACCAUAAUUUCUGAAAUUUAUAUUAAAUUCACAACAUAUGUCAAGGAUAGAAAAAAUAUUGAAGAAAAAAUCUUAACUGACUUGAACAGAUGUAGAUUACAUAGAUAUAUGAUGGAAGUCAUUUAAAAGGGAGCUAAUGAAGAACAUGAAAAUAUUGCUACCACUUUAAAAAAUCUCAAGAAUAUAAAAUACGCUAUUUUUGAAUUAUUAGAAGAAAUGGUACCUGAAGAAGACGAUGAUGAAAAUUAAGAAAGCACAGAACAAAAUAACUAAUAAGAAUAGAUAUCAACAAAUUAAUGA